AUGGCGGAUGAAAGCUCCAGUAGAGAAAGAAAGCCGUCAAGACAGGCCAGAAAAUGUGCCGAAAUAGGCAGGAUUCUGGUCAAAGAAGAAAUCAAAGCUCGCUUCAAACAGGUUGAGAAAGCGUUGAAGAAAGAGACCAAUGAUAGAACGCCGGAGGAUCUUCAGCUGCUGGAACACUCACAAGACAUUGUGGAUGAGAUUGAGAAGAGAGCCAAGAAAAGGGAUGUCAAGAAACAAAGAACAUUGGAGAUAGAAGAUUCAGCAGAUGAACUGGACAAAAAGUGUGAGAUUUUGGCGAAAGCAAUCUCAGAGGCAGAGAAUCUCAUUGUCUACACAGGAGCCGGUAUAAGUACGGCUGCUUCCAUCCCUGAUUACCGUGGACCGAAUGGAGUUUGGACGUUGCUGCAGCAAGGAAAGAAUGUAGCGCCCCAAGAUCUGAGUGAUGCCGUGCCUACUAUCACCCAUAUGAGCCUGACACAACUUUAUAAUGAAGGAUAUGUCAAGUAUGUUGUCUCUCAGAACUGUGAUGGUUUGCAUCUGCGGGCGGGGUUGCCACGAUAUGCCCUCUCUGAAGUUCAUGGGAACAUGUAUAUUGAGCAUUGUACAAGAUGUAAACCAGCCAGAGAAUACAUCAGGAUAUUUGAUGUGACAGAAAAGACCGCCCUCUAUCGACACAAAACAGAACGAUUCUGUCACAAAUGCAAGUCAGAGCUUUCCGACACGAUUGUUCACUUUGGAGAGAAGUCAAGACCAGAUUCAGUUUACCAAUGGCCAGUGGCUGCUGAUUGGGUUGAAAAAGCUGACACGAUACUAUGUCUGGGCUCAAGUCUCAAGGUUCUUAAGAAAUAUUCCCAUUUGUGGUCGAUGGAGCUUCCCCCUGCAAAGCGCCCUAAUAUCUUUAUUGUGAACCUCCAGUGGACACCCAAGGAUGAUGUUGCCGCUCUUAAGAUCAACGGCCAAUGUGACAUUGUAAUGGAAAAAGUCGUGGAGAUACUCGGUCUCAAAAUACCGGAUUACAAAGAGGCGAGUGAUCCCAUCUUCUACCUUCACAAGCCACUGACAGAAGAAGAGCUGCACACCACUCUGAAAAAGAUUUUGAAGAUCCCAGAUAAUCUAACGCCGCCAAAAUGGGUCUAUUUGAAAAACCAACGUGGCAAGAAACACCUCAAAGGCAAGAAGAGAAAGCAUCGCCAGCAGAAAUCUGAUGACAAUCCACCAACAAAGGCAGCUAAAAUAAAGAAAGAGGACUUGGACAUGAUGGAUUCCGAGGAUGUCACAUCAAGUUUACCUAGUCCUGAUCACACAUACGCAUCUAAUUCGCCAAGAUCUAUUGGUUAUUCCCGGUCAAAUUCACCAAGAUCUCUCAACUAUUCCCGGUCAAAUUCACCUCGAUCUUUGACUUAUCCUCAAUCGCCUCGAUCUGCCAGUAAUGUUGUAUCAUUAUCACCAUCCUUUGCAGUUGAAGUUGAACUUCCAUUUAAUUCAGUGAUGCCAAAUCUUAGCGGGCAAAACUCACCAAAAUCUGAAGGUGGUCAUUCGACGCUUAGUAAUCUGAUUGAUGAUGUGGUGACCAAGUUUGCAGAUGAAGAUGAAGCUCUUAAUCUUGAUGACUAUCUUAACAAGCCAGAAGAAAAACACUCGCUCACUAAGAGACUAGACAGUGUUCCCAAAGUGGAACAUAAACAAACAAGUGAGGAAUCAUUCCAGACAACACGAUGGAUAUUAAACCAGCCACCUAUGUUUAAUGUUCUUUCGCAAGGACUUGGUGCUGUAGGUUUCCCCGGUGCUCGACAUCCUGCAUUUCUGCCUGGCCAUAUGAUGUAUAGUGCGCGGGGUUGUCCCCCAUUUGCAGCCCAGAUGCCGUUUAUGCAAAUGAUGCAGACGAGAGGGUGUGUGCCUCAAACGUCCUCAACAGGUCUGGCGGCUCUGCCCCAAAACAUAGGUGUUCCUCAGUCUUCCCUGCCUAUCAUGUCAACCAAAUGUGUCUCCUCCCAGACGAUGCAACUUCCAGUCUACAUUCAGACAUCACAAGCCCCGGCAACCCAAGUCUCCAGUUCCAUCCAGGGUAAACUGCCAGCCAGCCUCUCCACUGUCCUUCCAUCAUCCCAACCAGGUCAAUCCCAAGGAUCAUCUGGUGUGGCAGCUACGUCAGCACAGGGUAUGUCAAGUCUCACCGUGUCAACCUCAACCAGUACAAACGCGGAACCUCCAGAUGGUAUGGCUUCGAAAUAUCCUAUCCUGAGUGGCUUUAUCAAAAUUGCUGAGGAGGAGGCAAAAUCUCAUGAUAAUCCAAACGUGUCUGUUAAUCAACCCCAAGGAACAUUGCCACUUGAUGGCACCUCAAACACCAAACCAGAAAGCAGUCGUUCAAAUCUGAGUUGUCUUAUUGAUGAAGUUGUAAGUAAGUUUGCGGACGGAAGUGAAAGUUCUCCUGGCCAGAGUCAGCCAGCCCCCUCAGUGCAGCCUCAGGAUGAUAGUCGUUUUUCUAACAGAGUGCGCCAACGUUUGUUCCAUCAUAUCAAGCGACGGUCAUCACAGAAUCUCCUCGGAUCUGGUGAGAGUCCAAUGCCGUCACCUGAGCCUAACUCUCCUAGUCGCACGCCAGCCACCAAUCCAAUCCAUCCUACUGAUGUUCAGGGGCGUUUUGUAUUCCCGACAUCAAUACUUGGACACCAGGUACCACAUGCAGUAGGACUGACCCAACCUUCAACAAUUAUUAACCAAGGCACUACACCAAAUACGUUGCCUAUAUUUCCAUUCAUUCCUUCUUCAUGUGCCCCAGUAUUGGCUCAAGUGCUUGCACAGCCAACCUUGAAAACUAAUACGAGUAUUCCUGCACUUCCCAUCUUUACUGCUGGAUUGGAUAACUCAGAAGAUCGGGCAUGUGGACAAGGUACCAGUAGCGAAUCCUCGAAAAACAAGACAACUUCACGAGGUCGUGCAGUUCCUCAAAAUAGUGCCACUGCACUGCAAAAUUUAGAGAGGCAAGUUCAGCAGAUUCGAGAAAGUGUUCCAGAAAGUUGUAUUGUGAAGGCAGCCAUGAGUGGUGACAAACUGCCUGUCCUACCAAAACCAGAAGAACUUGUGAUGUACUUGAGACAGAGUUUGCCCAGCGAUUCUGUCGGGGAUAUUCCUGAUAGGCAGCUUGCUUCUAACCUUUCUAACGGACAGACAUUGCCAGUUGCAAGCGUACCAGUGUCAGUAGCAGCCCAUCCUGUGUCGGUAACAACCCAACAUGCGUCUUCAACUACAUGUGCUCUUUCCACAGCAGCUCAUCCGGUUUCGACCGCUGGUUCACAUGCGACUGGUGGAUCACAUCCAGUGCUGGCAGCAGCACUGGUCAGAACUCGACCAGUGUUUGUUGCAGGACCUUUAAAAAGCAACCCUGUUUGUGAAAGUCGAGUGCAGCAAGCAUUAUCCUCUGUCCUUGAUGAGGGCGCGCCCUGUGAACUGUCCGGUGCUUCAGGGGUUACUACACCACAGCAGCCCAUGCCUAUUCCUGAGAAAAGUGUAGCAGACAUAACUGAAAGCUUCAAACAAGGCAGCCACAUGCUUGAAAAGUGUAAAGAGGACCCAGGAAAGACAGUGGUGUCACUGUCGGCAAGCACAAGUGUUCUCGAGUCUCAAAUAUCUGGUGGUGUUGACUUGAGUGGGUCUGGUACUAGACCAGUGUCAUCUCACGGUGCACCAUCUGAGAGUCUUUAUGGUAGUAGUACAAAGGAGCAGCCAUGUGCACUGACACAGCUUGCAGAGUAUGUGAUUAGUGAUCAAUUAAACCACGAAAACCACUGUGUUACUGAUGAGAGAUUUGUCUCCUGUCCAGAUUCAUUCCCAGCCAGUUCUGUUUCUGCAAUCAAAGUGAACACUAACUCACCUCAUCAGAGUGCACUAGUGCAGAAAUACUGGGCAGACAAGACUGUUUUAGACACACUGGGUUCAUCUAGUGACAACACAAACUCUCCAAAAGAUCAAAAAAGUCGAGAGCCUGAGUCUGUUGAGACGGAAAAACUGAGUGUUCCACUUCCAGAGGCCGGGGUGUCAAACUCUCGAAAGUCAAGUCGUAGCUCCUCUUUCUCUGAGUCAACUGGAAAGAAGACUCCGGUGGAAUUCGAUGAGUCUUCAAAAUCUUCGACGGGAAGUGAAGAAACUAAAGCUGCCAAGGAGAAGAAUAUUGAAGUGGGGUCUAUUCCUGGUUGGUUUGGGAAGGGCUUGAAGAAGAAGAAGAGAAGGUGAAGUUUGACCCAGUUUCGAGUGGUCUGGUUUUAGCUUUAGAAUACCUUAGGGCUGGGCUAGAGAAUCUCAAAUAGUGAAUAUAGAUUUGUUGUUUUAUCAAAGAAAGUCAUUUGGAAAUAUUAUUCGUAUGAUCUGUAGUUUGGGUUUACGUUGAAGUUGAAGCAAUGGUCUGCGCUUCAUGACCAGUGUGCUUGUAUUAUAAAGUUCAGAUUUGUACAGCACGUCACGUCAGGCAAUCAUCAUGAAAUAUGAACUUCGUUUACCAGAAAAGGACGCUUGGAGCAUUGUUGUUUCGUACUAAUGAUGUUAUGUGUUGAUGGUUUAGAUGCCAAAGAUUUAUAUUCUUUUAUGAAAGUAUAGCUUUAUUUGCUUGGUAGAAGUUUAUGAUGCAAUAGAAAUGUUGUUAUGCAAGUUAAGUCUUAUUGUGCUAUAGGUAAAGUUUUUGUACAAAAAGAAACCCAUUGGGUGGUUUCACAUGAUGUCAUCGCCUGCCAUGCUGGAAGGCCAGACAAAGGAAAGCAGGCCCCUAUGAUUAUGACAGCAUUUGAUUCAGUUAAGUCAGGUUCUGCCCUCCACAAUGGCCGGCUGUGAAAACACUAUACAUCACAAUUGUUAAUCUGGUUAUGCAUGCACAUGAAUAAGUUCAUUGGGUUCUACUCAAAACAAAUCGGGAAAUUCUGUUCCAUAUUCGACCAACGACAGUGUUUUUACCUCAAAGGAGAAUAACGAUCUGGAUCCAUUUCAGACACUCGUGCUCCACAGUAGUGGAUCAUUAGCGGCUACUGCCAUCUAUUAACUCUGUCAGGUCUGUAAUGACCGUCUUAUGUCAACACAUAUACAGGCCUCUUGAGUAGAAAAACCUUUCUAUAAGCUAAUAUAUAAACUUAUGGAUAUUGUUGUAUUGUUUAAAGGGAGACUCAAGGCAGGAGUCAGGUGGGCCAGAUUAUGUUUACCCAAAGUCAACAAUAGGUGUCUCAACUAAGUCAAAGCAGUCCAGUUACCUAACUGCAUUUAUGUGCCCGGGACCACCAAUUGAGCCUCGAGUUCCUCUUAGCUGUUUGUUUAUGUCACUAACAUGAAUGAUGCAAAGUACAAAUAUAUGCACCUCAGAUGAGAAAAAUUGCGAGAAAAUGCACCAAUGAUCUGAUUAUGUCCCCACGUGCAAAGUUUCAUGAUUUGAUGUUAAUAUUAGGCGAAUCAAAACCUCAGGUUGGAGUUUAUGGCAAUUUUUGUUUACUUUUUCUGGUUGAUCAUAAGAGGAAAAUUUCAAAAUAUGAUUUUCUUUCAGCAAUUGUCAUUUGCACAAAGAUCAUGUUGACAUAUAUCUCUGUCCACGAAGAGGUCAGUUUUACAUUCUUAAAUUCAGGCCUUGUUCUGCUGUGUAUGGGGUGAUGAUUUGGAUCUAAUAGAGGAAGUUGACCAAUCACAUAGAUUGAAUGAUAGAAGACAACUUUACCAUGAACAAAGGCUGGACUUAUUGAAAGUGAAACUGACCUCUUGUGACCACAAAUAGAGUAUCUCUAUAUCUUAGCUAGUCAAUGCUUGUAUAUAGAUUCAUUAAUUUAUAUCUUAGUUUUUGUUUAGAAAUAUGUCAAAGUUGUAACAUACAUGUAUAACAAGUGCAGCUGGUUAUAUUUUGUACUAUUCAGGGUGUCCCAAAAUAUGUGCAAUUGUACUUUCAAAGUUCUCCAAGAUACUUCAUGGCGGUAAGGUCGGACCCAGUGAUGUGAAGACAGACUGUCAUAAGAACCUGGUAUGGGAGUACGGUUGAGCAUUUUUGAGACAACCUGUAUUAAGGGUUUGAUUCUGUAGGAAUUCUCUUAACAGACACCCUCUAAGUAAAAUGACACUGAUUUUGGUUCCUGCGUAUGUACAAUAGUAAGGUCAAUAUAUUUCAGUCCCAAGGAGUGUCCUUAAAGAGAGGUUCUACUGUAUUUGGUCAGGCUUAUGUGUCAUACCCUCACAGCACAGCACAGCUAUGUUGUUCCUCGGGUGUAAAAUAUGCAAGUGUAUGCACAAAUGUAUCUUCACAGUCAGUCCCUUCCCCGUCACAUGUGAUCCACUCGUGAUUAAACUUAAGGGCCCUGUCUUGCUGGACUUUGUGGAAAUUGUGUAAGACGUCACUGUUUUAUUUUUAAUAAAUCCUACCUCAUUUGAA